GUUGCGGAGCGAGUGAUGGCGGCGCCGGAUGUUCAUGUGCGGAUCUGCGCUCAGGAGAUCGUCAAAUAUGACCUGGAGAUCAAGGCGUUGGUGCAGGAUAUCAGGAACAGCCCAGGGCCCCUGAGUUUGCUCACUGAGUUGAAUGCGAAAGUGAAAGAAAUGUUUCAGCAACUCCGAUUUCGAAUACAGGAUCUGGAGCAGAUGGCGAAGGAACAAGACCGGGAAUCUGAUAAGCAAGCUCUGCUGGCUGAGGUGGCCAAUCACCGCAAACAGAUGUUGAGCAACCAAACCACUUGGCGAAAGGCAAACCUGGCCUGCAAGCUUGCCAUAGACAACAGUGAAAAAGAUGAGUUGCUGCACGCUGGCGAUUCUUCUCUCCGACAGCGAAAAAUGACAAAGGAGGGUUUGGUUCAGACAGCGAGCAGCAUCACAGAGAGCCUGAUGAGCAUCAGCCGAAUGAUGGCACAGCAGGUGGAGCAGAGUGAGGAGUCAGUACAGUCACUGGCAACGUCAUCGAGAACUGUUCAGGAGACCAAUGAAGAAUUCAAAGCAAUGACUGGGACCAUCCAACUGGGACGCAAACUGAUCACCAAGUACAACCGCAGAGAACUGACGGACAAGCUGCUCAUCUUUCUCGCCUUGGCAUUGUUUCUGGCGACUGUGGUGUACAUCUUAAAGAAACGCCUGUUCCCUUUCUUAUAGAACCGCAUCAGGGUGCAGACACCAACUGGGAACCAUUUAUUUAAAUACCGCAUUGGUGAAGAUGAAGGACCCACUACAGAUCUUAAAUUGUGAGGUGAAGUGAACUGAAAUGGCAGCACACUCUAUAGCCUCCUGGAUUUUAUCUUAUGAUCUAUCCGUUCUAUUCCUACCCAGAGGUUAUAAGUAACUUAAGAAGGAAACACAACUGUUUUUCAGCAUUAAAGGCCUCUACUUUGUUCAUAGCCUGAGAAUUGACACUAGCCACAGCAGUGUAAAAGCUAAGCCUUUAGAAUACAUACAUUUUUAGUUAAAGUCUGACUCACAUUGUAUUGCAUUAGAUUCCACCAUGUUAUAAACGUCUGUUUGCUGACC